GUUUGCGACACCGGUAGUUUCAAUCGCAGGAGCACCAUGGCUGACAAAGCAGAGAUCCAGGAGGCGAUUAAAACACAAGGAGAGGUCGUCAGAAAACUGAAAUCGGAGAAAGCGAGUAAAGAUCAGUGACAGGGUUGCUCACCAAUUUUCUCCUGUUCUUCCUGCUUGUUGCCACGGAUACCACCAUCAUCCUCAUCCUUCACAUCUCUUCACUGCACACCUGGACUGUUGCUGCUGUCCGUGAUUCUGCUGUGAUCCCGUGGAUGACUCUUUGUGAUUGUGCUAUUGCUGACUGUGUGAAUUCUGGUGCUGGUGUUGGGUUUGGACUCUGAUUGCAUAAUGAACACUUUGGGGUUGAUCUCCAUGCGCAUGUGUGCUGGACUGAUGGGCCGUCGGACCAUCAUGCAUCUGCGUUCUAUACGCCGCUCUUCUGGAAUGACUUUAUCACAGAUUGAUGAAGAAGUUGCCAAACUGUUGGCGCUUAAAGCUCAGCUGGGUGGAGAUGAGGGCAAACACACAUUUGUUCUCAAAACAGCCAAGGGGACCAGGGACUACAACCCCAAGCAGAUGGCUAUAAGAGAGAAGGUUUUCAACAUCAUCAUCAACUGCUUUAAACGUCAUGGUGCUGAAACCAUUGAUACUCCCGUCUUUGAGCUGAAGGAAACUUUAACAGGAAAGUACGGAGAGGACUCCAAACUUAUCUAUGAUCUAAAGGACCAGGGUGGGGAACUUCUUUCCUUGAGAUAUGACCUUACUGUCCCAUUCGCUCGCUACCUUGCAAUGAACAAGAUCACCAAUAUCAAGCGCUACCACAUCGCCAAAGUAUACCGUAGAGACAACCCAGCCAUGACCCGUGGCAGAUACAGGGAGUUUUACCAAUGUGAUUUCGACAUUGCGGGUCAGUAUGACGCGAUGAUCCCUGACGCAGAGUGUCUUAAGAUCGUCUACGAGAUCCUGAGCGAAUUAGAUCUGGGAGAUUUUCGCAUCAAGGUGAACGACAGGCGCAUUCUAGACGGGAUGUUCGCUGUGUGUGGCGUUCCCGACGAGAAGUUUCGGACGAUCUGCUCCACGGUGGACAAACUGGACAAGAUGGCCUGGGAGGAUGUAAAAAACGAGAUGGUAAACGAGAAGGGUCUUUCGGAAGAUGCAGCCGAUCAGAUCGGGGGUUACGUCAGCAUGCAAGGUGGGAAGGAUCUGGCUGAGCGACUGCUUCAGGAUCCCAAACUUUCCAAGAGCAAACAGGCCUGCGCUGGGCUUACAGAUAUGAAGCAGCUCUUCAGCUACCUCGAGCUCUUUCAGGUCACAGACAAGGUUGUGUUUGAUCUGAGUCUCGCUCGAGGUCUGGAUUAUUACACUGGUGUGAUUUAUGAGGCGGUUCUGUCCCAGACGGUACCAGCGUCAGCAUCCACAGAGCAGAACGGGGCGGCGGGCGAUGAGGCGGGCGUUAGCGUCGGCAGCGUGGCAGGUGGGGGGCGAUACGACGGUCUGGUGGGCAUGUUCGACCCCAAAGGCAGAAAAGUGCCAUGUGUGGGUGUAAGCAUUGGAAUCGAGAGAAUCUUCUCCAUCAUGGAGCAGAAGGCUGAGGCGUCUUCAGAGAAAGUGCGUACCACAGAAACGCAAGUGUUGGUGGCUUCAGCGCAGAAGAAUCUUCUAGAAGAACGACUAAAGCUGACCACCGAGCUUUGGAAUGCCGGAAUAAAGGCUGAAGUUUUAUAUAAGAAAAACCCAAAACUCUUGAGUCAGCUACAACACUGUGAGGAAACUGGAAUUCCACUAGUUGCUAUUUUAGGAGAGCAGGAACUCAAAGACGGAGUCGUCAAACUGCGCAUUGUCGCCAGCCGAGAAGAGGUGGAUGUGCCCAGACUAAAUCUGGUUGAUGAGAUCAAAAAACGGACCUUGUAAUCUUGGAAAUGGUCACAAAGGAGGAUGGACCUGUUUACCACACACCAGUUGUUUAACAUGUAUCUAUAUAGAGAGGUCGUAUUCAACUUUGCCUGUUCCUUAAAAAUGUGCUCGUCUUACAUCAGAUCUCUCAAUAAAUAAGUUAAAACGUCUUUGUGUGUCAUUUAUCUCCCCCUUAUGUCAGUCACGUGUUUAAACACCACUUAUUAAACGGCUUGUUGGAAUGCUUGAUUCUGAUUGGCCAGCUGCGACAUUUGCAUGUUUGUUAUUUCUAGAUAACAAGCACUUAAAACUAAUAACAAACAGUAACCCGGAUGAGUACAGUUUAUUAUUUAACAAAUUAAGUAUGUCUUAAUAACAUAUGACAUAUUUACAAAUAAUUAAAGGAACAGUAUGUAGGAUUGUGGCCAAAACUGGUAUUGCAAUCACAAAACUUGUGGCUAAAACUGGUACUGCAAUCACACUUUUAAAAUGACAAUAUCCUGGCCAGACACUGUUGUCAGUGAUAUAAGUAUUUGAAAUGAAAAUGAUUUCUUAAUGUCUAGUGACAUAUCAGGGCCAUUUUAUGAUUAAUUGAUAUACAUUUCUUACAUACUGUUCCUUUAAACCAAAUAGUGUGUUUGUAAUAUUUGAACGUCUUCAAAAUAAAUGGGUUUUCGCGGAAAGUCUACAUUUGUUAAAAAUGAGCUAAUAAAAUUUCAAAUCAA